AUGGGGGAGAAGAUGGCGGAAGAGGAGAGGUUCCCCAACACAACUCACGAAGGUUUCAAUGUCACCCUUCACACUACCCUGGUUGUCACCACGAAACUGGUGCUCCCGACCCCUGCCAAGCCCAUUCUCCCUGUGCAAACGGGUGAGCAGGCUCAGCAGGAGGAACAGUCAAGCGGCAUGACCAUCUUCUUCAGCCUCCUCGUCCUAGCUAUCUGCAUCAUAUUGGUGCAUUUACUGAUCCGAUACAGAUUACAUUUCUUGCCAGAGAGCGUUGCUGUUGUUUCUUUAGGUAUUCUCAUGGGAGCAGUUAUAAAAAUUAUAGAGUUCAAAAAAUUGGCAAAUUGGAAGGAAGAAGAAAUGUUUCGUCCAAAUAUGUUUUUCCUCCUCUUGCUUCCUCCUAUUAUAUUUGAGUCAGGAUAUUCAUUACACAAGGGUAACUUCUUUCAAAAUAUUGGUUCCAUCACCCUGUUUGCUGUCUUCGGUACGGCAAUUUCCGCUUUUGUAGUAGGUGGAGGAAUUUAUUUUCUCGGUCAGGGGUUUUUUUGUGUCUGUGUGUUUGUGUGUUUUAUUUUACAGGCUGAUGUAAUCUCUAAACUCAACAUGACAGACAGCUUUGCGUUUGGCUCCCUGAUUUCUGCUGUCGACCCGGUGGCCACUAUUGCUAUUUUCAAUGCGCUUCACGUGGACCCGGUGCUCAACAUGCUGGUUUUUGGAGAGAGUAUUCUCAACGACGCAGUCUCCAUUGUCCUGACCAACACAGCUGAAGGUUUAACGAGGAAAAAUAUGUCAGAUGUCAGUGGGUGGCAAACAUUUUUACAAGCCCUUGGCUACUUCCUCAAAAUGUUCUUUGGCUCAGCAGCACUCGGCACUCUCACUGGCUUAAUCUCUGCAUUAGUGCUAAAGCACAUUGACUUGAGGAAAACGCCUUCCUUGGAGUUUGGCAUGAUGAUCAUUUUUGCUUAUCUUCCUUACGGGCUUGCAGAAGGAAUCUCACUCUCGGGCAUCAUGGCCAUCCUGUUCUCAGGCAUCGUGAUGUCCCACUACACGCACCAUAACCUGUCCCCGGUCACCCAGAUCCUCAUGCAGCAGACCCUUCGGACCGUGGCCUUCCUGUGCGAAACAUGUGUGUUUGCAUUUCUUGGCCUGUCCAUUUUUAGUUUCCCUCACAAGUUUGAAAUUUCCUUUGUCAUCUGGUGCAUAGUGCUUGUACUGUUUGGCAGAGCAGUGAACAUUUUCCCUCUUUCCUACCUCCUGAAUUUCUUCCGUGAUCAUAAAAUCACACCGAAGAUGAUGUUCAUCAUGUGGUUUAGCGGCCUGCGGGGGGCCAUCCCCUAUGCCCUGAGCCUGCACCUGGACCUGGAGCCCAUGGAGAAGCGGCAGCUCAUCGGCACCACCACCAUCAUCAUCGUGCUCUUCACCAUCCUGCUGCUGGGCGGCAGCACCAUGCCCCUCAUCCGCCUCGUGGACAUCGAGGAUGCCAAGGCGCGCCGCAGGAACAAGAAGGACGUCAACCUCAGCAAGACCGAGAAGAUGGGCAACACCAUCGAGUCAGAGCACUUGUCGGAGCUCACGGAGGAGGAGUAUGAAGCCCACUACAUCAGGCGGCAGGACCUCAAAGGCUUCGUGUGGCUGGACGCCAAGUACCUGAACCCCUUCUUCACGCGGCGGCUAACUCAGGAGGACCUCCACCAUGGGCGCAUCCAGAUGAAAACCCUCACCAACAAGUGGUAUGAGGAGGUGCGCCAGGGCCCCUCCGGCUCCGAAGACGACGAGCAGGAGCUGCUGUGACGGAGCAGGGCGCCCCGUCCGGCCUCCUCGCCGCUCCCACGACAGACGCUCGCACGUGGCAGCCUCCUCAGGGGAGAUGGAAGCAGGGGGAAGCGGAGGCCGCCCCCGGCCCCUGGAGCCGGCUGUCUGCUUCUGAAGUAGGCCGUGUCCCCGGGCCGCACGGAGCCGGACCCCUUCUCAGCCCGCAGAUCGGAGGGAACAGCUGUCCAGGUACAUCUUCCUUCUGCUUCUGCGGCCAGGGUGCAGAGUCCUCUGCCGGACUGAGGGGCCUGAGAGGAGAGGCUGUGCCCCGCUGUGGAGCCUGCCGGGACAGGGGCUGCCGGGGAGCUGGGGGAGCUUGCAGCUUCUGCCAUUCCCAGCCACGGCCCUCAUCACGGGAGCGCCUGGUUCUAGCAGCACGAGGAGCCAUUUCCCUUUGGUCAUCAAGGUGCCUCUGGUCUCAGCAGCAGCAGUUCUGACCCAAGGGGCGGGCUCGGACAUCUGGGAAACCUCACGCUCCCCUUUGUGAUGUUGCUUGAGAAGGAAAAACCGAGUGACCUUUUUCUUUACCUCCGCCUGGGACCUUGCAGGCCGUCCCCCUGAGCGACAGGCGGCCACUGCCCUCCUCUGGGAGUAGUGUGGAUGUUUACGCUGGUUCAGAGCAGGGGCGCACGGCCUGUCCUGGGAGCCCCAUUGGAAGCCGCAUCCUUGGGUUUGGCGGGGAGUGAGCCUAUUCUGUGGGGUGAGAGCGCCCUCUGGAGGGAGAAGCUAGGAGUUACAGGGCUUGUGCAGGCCUGCGUCUGCUGUCUGAAUUCCGUUGUGAUUCAUGCACUUUGACAAAGCAGUGAGAGCCUAGCGGUCACCUCCCCCGCUCAGUGGACCUCACUGGUCCAGAGGCCCCAUUUCCCAAUGCCCACUGUUCGCCUGAUGCCACCUUCACCGCUCAUCAGCAUUUCCUCUUUCCCUGCCCCAGGCCUCUCCCGGCUUGGGUCCCAGCUCGCCAGAGCCCUAGGGCCGGGGCCAGAGCAGCAGGGCCCUGUGCUCCUCCCCGGCCACCCCCGCCCAGGACUCGCUCGCAGAGCGUCUGUACGUGCUCGUUCGGUCUCACACGCCCCGCCCUGUCCCUGUGGGCCCGGCCCUGGCUACCGGUCAUGUCCAGGCGGA